AUGUCUACGUGCAUAAUCGAGUUCAAAGAAUACGCCAGUCUACAUCCCCUGAACAGUGGCAUUAUGUUCCAUCAGAGCAGAACCCAGCCGAUCUAGCUACCAGGUCAAUACCUGCACCCCAGCUCAUGGACACAAUGUGGUUUAAAGGACCAGACUUCCUUUACAAACUACCUGAAACAGAAAUACGUGAGUCAUUCGAGUUGGUGAAACCUGAAGUGGAUGCUGAAAUCCGACAAGUUGCAACCUUCACCACGCAGGUCCAAAAGAGUGGACUCACACCAGAACGCUUCCAACGCUUCUCGAAAUGGAAAUCACUGGUACGAGCCAUUGCCUACUUAAUUCACCAAGCUCGUUCUCACUCUUCAAGCAACAAAUCAAACCCUUCAUGCAGAGGUUGGCAUGAAUGUAGACAGCUGCACUCUCCAAAGGAGCUGAAUGCUGCCAGUAAUCUCAUUCUCCAGUCUGUACAGAAGGAUGCUUUUCCUGACGAGUAUGCUUCUCUCCAAGCCAAUCAAACUGUCCACAGCUCAAGCUCCAUCGCAGCUCUUGACCCCUAUAUGGAUGAAGGCCUAAUAAAAGUUGGAGGCCGCCUCAAACAUGCUUCAUUGGAUGCAAUAUUCAAAAAUCCAAUCAUUCUGCCAAGCAAACAUCAUGUGUCAAAGUUGCUUGUCCUGCACUAUCAUGCCAUGGUUGUGCAUCAAGGAAGGCAGUUUACAGAAAGUGCAGUUAGGCAAGCCGGUCUGUGGAUUGUAGGAUGCAAAAGACUGGUCUCGUCUGUUAUCCACCAUUGCAUAACCUGCAAGAAACUCCGGGGAAAAUUAGAGACUCAAAAGAUGGCGGAUCUUCCACCAGAGAGACUCAACACUAGCCCUCCAUUUUCAUAUGUUGGGUUAGACGUGUUCGGCCCCUGGUCAGUCGUCACUCGACGCACACGAGGAGGAGCAGCACAAAGUAAGAGGUGGGCAAUACUUUUUACGUGUAUGACCACAAGAGGUGUACAUAUUGAAGUUAUUGAAUCUCUGGACACCUGCAGCUGCAUAAACGCGAUACGCAGAUUCUUUGCAAUAAGAGGUCCAGCAAAACAAAUGCGAUCGGACAGGGGCACCAACUUUAUUGCAGCAAGUGUGGAGCUCGGUAUGACACAACCAAGCAUAAACCCUCCCAACAUUGUCCACUAUCUUCAUGCUAACGGUUGUACGUGGGAGUUCAAUCCCCCUCAUGCCUCCCACAUGGGUGGCGUCUGGGAAAGGAUGAUCGGGGUAACUCGCAGACUACUGGAUUCCAUGCUCCUGCUGAACAAACACAGCCGUCUGACACAUGAAGUGCUUUGUACCCUAAUGGCUGAGGUGUCAUCUAUACUCAAUGCAAGACCAUUGGUUCCUAUCACAACGGAUCCUUCCUCACCAUUCCUACUAUGUCCUGCAAUGAUAUUGACCCAGAAGCAGAGCGUUCCUUCUUCACCUGGAGAAUUCUGUGGAAAAGACAUGCUCAAAAGCCAAUGGAAGCAAGUGCAGGCACUCGCCAACGAGUUUUGGAGUCGCUGGAGGAACGAAUAUCUAAACACUCUCCAAUCAAGACGCAAGUGGCAUAGAUCGCACCGUGACCUUCAGCCAGGCGACAUUGUGUUGUUAAAGCAAAAUCAAGCACACAGAAACGAAUGGACAAUGGCCAUCAUCACAUCCACUUUUCCAAGCAGUGAUGGAAAAGUCAGAAAGGUGGAAGUAAGGACAUCAUCUCAGGGCGUUUCUAAGACUUAUUUGCGUCCCAUCUCAGAUGUUGUUAUGCUCUUAGAAGCGGAAGUGACUGAUAAAAAGUAGUGGCAUCUGUAAUGCCAGGCGGGGAGUGUUCUGCCCAAGGUUAGAAGUUGGAGGUAUGUCUUAAUAAUUUAGUUUAAAAAGAAGAACUUUUACAGUAUUGGUUUAUCUGUAUUUUAUUUUGAAGGCGAAUCUUGAGGAAGCAUUGCAUUGUGGGUAGCAGAGGCUGUAAUAGUAAGGAAGUGGUGUUUACAGAGAGAAAAAACCUGCCUGUUACAGAGCAAACUUCGCCUCCUGUGUUGUCAAUCUUUUCCAAAACCUCCGAAAGCAAUGGCUUUUCACUCAAAGCUUUCAUCGAGCUUCCCACACAAUUGUUCAAAAUUGUAAGAAGACCGUAAUAAAGGAGCAAGACGCUCAUCUUCCUGGCUCAUGAAAACUGAGUUUGGCUUGCUGUUAAUCUGCGUUAACAUACACAGUGUAUCCAACACGUAGUGAUAACAG